AGUUUGACAUUCGGUGUAGUGCUAGCUGUCAGUUUUGUUGACAAGAACAUUUUGCAAAAAUAUAAAACCAGCGAAAAGAAAAUGAGGCUGGUCAAUAGAAAUUUCGAUAAAGGCGCGCAGGGUUCUGUCACCCUGAUACCAGAAGAACCUGAAGAUAUGUGGCAUACCUACAAUCUGAUAGCCGAGGGCGAUCAAGUGCGGAGCACAACCAUACGAAAGGUGCAAAAUGAGUCAGCGACCGGCUCAUCGACGAGUAGUCGUGUACGCACCACACUUACGAUCAGCGUUGAGUCCAUAGACUUCGAUACACAAGCCUGCAUGCUGCGCUUAAAGGGACGCAACAUCGAGGAGAACCAAUACGUUAAGAUGGGUGCAUAUCACACGCUCGACUUGGAGUUGAAUCGAAAAUUUGAGAUACGCAAAGCAGAAUGGGAUACAAUAGCGCUGGAACGCAUCGAAAUGGCCUGCGACCCCACACAGUCGUCCGAUUUGGCAGCGAUUGUAAUGCAGGAGGGUCUGGCCUAUGUCUGUCUGAUUACGGCUAGCAUGACGCUGGUGCGUAGCAAAAUUGAGGUGUCCAUACCGCGCAAGCGCAAAGGUCACACACAACAGCAUGAGAAAGGGUUGGUGAAGUUUUACGAGAGCGUCAUGCAGGGCAUACUGAGGCAUGUGAAUUUCGACAUAGUUAAAUACUUUCGAGGAGUCCCCGGUGGUGUAUUGUGCUCCGGUGCGAUGGAAUGGAAUGAAGUGCCUUGGCCACAAAAGCGCUAUGCAUGA